UCGCCGUCAUCCUCGUGAUCGUCGUCGUCGUCGUCGCUGUCGUCGUUGUGAUCGUCGUCGUGAUCUUCAUGGUCUCUUCGCUAUCGUCAUCAUAAUAUCGUCGUGUGUGCCGUUGCUCCGCUGCCGCUCUCUCUCGGCACGAGAGAGCGAGCGCGUGUGCGUGUGAGUGUGUGUGCGCGUAGCGCGUCGUGUGCGCGUCGUGUGCGCGUCUGCCACCGCUGUCGCUACUCUCUCUUUCUCUCUCUCUCUCUCUCUUUCUCUCUGUCUGUCUCUAUUUCUCUCUCUCUCUCUCUCUGUCUCUGUCUCUGUCUCUGUCUACGCUCGUGUUUUGGCCCGUCGUAAAUCCAUGAACUUUUUUUUUCUACAGUGCGACGAUGAAUGAGACUUGAGCGGGAUGUCGGGCCUCCGCACGCGUCCCUCGCUCGGUCCGCGUUCGUAUAACGGCGCGAGCUCGUGCGGGACGUUCUGAGAGGGGUGAGAGCAACACGAAAUAAAGCGCGACCGCGAAGAUGCCGGCGACGCGACCGCGACACGGCGGCUCCUCUUUCUAUCUUCGAGAAUCGAACUAUCUUCCGGUAAGUACGCGCGCGAGACCCUGCACGCGAUCGAGAAUCCCGAGAGAACAGUGAUCUGUGUUGUGCGCGAAUUAAAAGGGAGCAAUCGCACUUCGUUCCCACUCGCGAAUCGGUCUCCUUCGACGUAUUGGAGGUUAGGUUGCCGGUACAUAACCUCAAACGUUCAGAGUUUCGUAUUAUUCUUAACGUUCUCGCGCGGAAUAUAUCUUACUUCGUACGAGAUAAUCGGCCUUAAUCGAUUGCUCGACAACGAGAGCUUUUAUUUUCUCACCUUUUUUCGUUCCGACCGUUUUUAAUCUCGUGCUGGAUUUUACUACGGUGUGUGAUCGGUGCUAUGGAAUGAAUCGGUGGAACGUAGGACAAUGAAGGCCAAUGGGACGAAUAAUGGCUGCAGCCGCCUGAACACGCCAUUGGCAGCCACCACCACGCUGGAGGAUCCAGGGACACCAGCCUCCUGGAAGGGCCCGCCGCCCGGCUCGGAGGCAUCACCUUUUACGCCAAAUUCUGUUGGUCAAGGUGGAGGUCCGGCAUCGGGCCCUUACAAUAAUACGGGUGGGCCACCUAGUAAUGCUGGUUUUCAAGGACCAAGCCCGUUCCCUGGUGGAGCUGGAAGUCCAGCGGGUGCGCCACCGUAUCAAGGGCCACCACCUGGUUCGGCAACACCUCAGUAUACAGCGUCUCCAGCACCGAGUGGUUCGUCAACGCCUGGUCCUGGACCACAGCCAAACUCCUCCGGAUUUCCACCUCCACCUAACAAUUCCGGGCCACCCUACAAUGGGCCCGGACCUAGUCCAUUUGGUUCACCCUCUGGAGGACCGCCUCAGUUCGUCGGUAGACCUGGUUCCUCCGGUCCACCUUUCGUACCUCCAGGAGGUGGCAAUCCUCAUUUCCCUUCACCUGGUCAACCCUUUGGUGGACCACAGUACGGUAUGCCACCUGGAAGUCCUUUCGGACCUGGAGGGCAUCCCAUGACGGGUCCGAUGGGACCUGGACAUCCGGCCAUGAUGGGUCCUGGUGGUCCUGUCGAUAGAAUGGACCAAGGGGUGAGGGCUUUCUGUCGUUUCGAACCGCGUCCAGGAGCGUUGCAAUAUUUUCCCCUCUUGGCGAGCAAGAGAGACGGUAGAUUGCACGGUAGACUGGCGCGACGACGACGACGACGAUGAGAAGGACGACGUUGACUACGCCCUGCAUUUUUCCCGGGCAUGCGGGUGUAGGGGUGUAAAUAAAUGAAAAAUGAAAAUAAUUAAAAACGCUUUUUAAUAUUCUCCACGGACUCUCUUAUCAUCUCUCUUUCUCUCUCUCUCUCUCUCUCUCUCUCUCUCUCUCUCUUUCUCUUUCUCUCUUUCUUUCUUCUACCUCGAUUGCCAGCUCGCACGUCUCAUCUCUGACGCUUCUUUUUCUCUACAUUUGCGCUUCAUGUACACUUGAGAAGAAAUUCCAUGUAUCUCUAUCUAUCUCUUUUUCCAUCUCCUUCUUUCUUUCUCUAUCAAUCCAUCCCCCUCGCCCAGCACUUUCCGUCUACCUUUAGCUCGGUCUUCAUCCCUGUUUAACCUCUGUACACCUCCCUUUUGUGUUUCAUGUUUCCCGUGUGAGAAACAUCGAAUCUGAGCAUAGAAAAAGGAUACUUAUCGGAUAGAAAAGAGACGUAUAAGUUAAAAACGUCAAUUCUAGUGGACUCUACGGAACAGAAUAAACGAGAUAUUAAACAAUUAUUUGAGCCCUUUAAAUCGUCUAAUCUUGCUGGUAAGCAGCACAGCCGGUAUUACACUUGUUAAGGACUAGCAAAGCAAACUCUGUCAUUGCUAGAUUCACCCUGUCUCUCCCUUUUUAUCAGCGAGUCCAAACGACACCCCAUUCGACAAAACGUUCGCUUGACCCGCGUUGAAAUUUUUUCCUCGACGUUAUACACGUAUAUAUAAAACCCUA